AAAUCGAAUCAUAAAUGGUACUUGUUUCAGAAUUGCUCUUAAAUGGUCAGGGAGCAAUGGAUUAUGGGUUCGAUCCUCAGGGCCUUCUCACGACUUCACAAAGGGAAGCCAUUUCGAUUGUUUGUUGAGAUCAUAUUUAACUUAAUGGCGCCAUGGUGAAGUGUGGAGCUGUAUUUAAAAAAAUCAGCAGGCACUUUUCGGGUCUAUCCAUGUGUAUUGUAUUCAGCAAGCUCUCCAUGAAAUGCUUGCCAGAUGACCCUAGACAUGCCUGGUUUUUUCCUUCGAACUCCAUCGAUUUGCGUUAUUCAAGGUUCUGUAAUAAAUGUCAAAGUGAUGACGAGGAGUUGCAGCACAAUGGCAAAAAUCUACACCGGAGCCUUAUAGUGUCCUGUCCAUUUGUGGUGGAACUGCACAGGGCAAUUGAUGAGAUGCACAAUUUAGGAAAAAUACCAGAUGAUGCAACUCUGUCUGUGCUUGCUGAUUUCUUAGUUAAAGAAGAGAAAGAGGUUCCGGAUGCUUUGGGCCAACUGAUUCCUGAUUUUGAAAACAAUUUAUCUGCAAGCACGAAGAUCACUCUAGUUCUUAUUGAAAAUUUUAUCAAAGUUAACAAGUUAUUUUCUGCUUUCUUUUUAUUGAGAGAAUUGAGGAACAGAGGUGUUGUUCCUGACUUGGCAGUUUACAGUUCUCUUUUGAUUGCUGUCGGCAAAGCUAGUGAUUUUAAGCUUGCAUGCCAAAUCUUCAAGGAUUUGUUAGCUAAUGGAUCUUCUGAUUCUGCAUCCUAUUUUGCGUUAUCGAAGGCAUUAGCAAAGGUGGCAGACAAGGAAGUAGCCUACAAAUUUUGCAUGGAGUUGGCAGAGGAUAGCUUCCUUUGCAAUGCAACAGUUUUGAACAGACUAAUAUAUGCAUUUGCUGGAACAGGGCAAUUGGAGACGGCUGUUGCACUCUUUGAAUAUAUGAAACACUGCAAACACAAACCAGACCAGGUCACCUAUAACACUAUUAUUGAUGUCCUUGGCAAGUCAGGCCACGGAGACAUAACCUAUCAUGAAUUUUUAUCUAUGAAGGAAUUGGGACACGAUCCAGAUAUCAUUACUUACAACACAUUGAUAAAUAAUUUUUGUAGGUUGGGUAGAUUAGAUUUAUGUUUGAUAGUUUUGAAAGAGAUGAUUGCAAGAGGUUUUGAACCUAAUUUGCGCAUAUACACUGCACUAAUUGAUAGGUUUGGCCGUAUAGGUCAGGUUGAUGAAGCAAUGAGAUUAUUUAUUGACAUGAAAAAAAGGGGUUGCAGGGCAUCAGUUUAUGUUUAUAGGUCUCUCAUAAGUACCCUCAGAAAGGCUGGUAAAGUGGAGAUUGCAAACAAGUUGUCAGAAGAAAUGAAUGAGAGCAGUUCUAAUUUGAUUGGUCCUGGAGAUUUCAAGAAAAAACGCAGAUGAUUAUUCAAUUUGAAGCUUGCUCAGAUGAUCAGAGUAUUGUUGUGCCAUAUUUUUUUUUUGCCUAUUUUUCAUUUUUUAAUUUUAAAUGCCUAAUUAUUUUCAUAUGCAAUAUCAAGUCUUAGGAUUUGUUUGG